AGAGAGAGGAGAUAUAAGGAGAGGGGAGGAGAGGGGAGCAGAGGCUGCAGACUGCAACCCAAAUGAAUGAUCUGAGUGUAAAAAUACCCAUGCAGUUUCAGACAGAAAGUGGGUGGAUUGAAGUCAACAAGGGAUAGCUGAGGGUGUUUAACAAAUGGUUUAGUGAAGGGCUAGUGAGGCAGGAAAGUACUUGAGGCACACAGAAUAAUAAUGCUGUGCACGAGCAUACUGAAUCUGCAGUGCAAUCUGAAGGGCACUUCCAGAUCUGCCCUGAGACAGAGCAGUAGCUGGGAUAUUUUUGUGUGUGCCUGCAUGCAAGACCCAUCAUUUACAAAGGAAUUAGGUGGCCUGAGCUUCACAGGGCAGGAAGGCUCUGAGCAGCUUGCUCUGAGUAUCCCUCUACUUCCAGAGGCAGGUGAACGAGUGAAGAGUGAAUUCACACUUUAGAGAGCAGCGAAGACCAUCUUGCCAUGAAACCAUUCACAGAUGAAGAUGUAGAAAUCUACAUCCAGAGCAAGGUAGAACAGCGACGUUAUCUGGUUUCCAAAGCGGUGGAGGAGGUGCAGAAAACCAUCCAGCAACUGACCACAGAAAUCAGCUGUAAGGCCACACGAUUCCAGGCUAUCUCCAACUCUGGCAUUCACAAUGAGAAUAUUAAGGAUCAGCCAGCUUUACUGGCCAAGUGGUCAGCUAUGCUUCGGGGGAAGCGCCCAUUCCACCCAUCCAUCCAGGUCUUAGCACCCAGCCAGUUCCUCAUCACAGUCCCUCUGCGUGGCCUGGCCGGGUACAGGGAAUGCCAGGUACGGCACUGGCGUUAUUACACCGUGCACGGAGCCAAGCUCCUCUCCUCCGUACGGGACCCUGAGGAAUUGCAUCAAUGGCUAGAGGUGGAGCAGUUCUCAAAAAGCCUUCAGCAGUGGCACGAAACGGAUGUGAACAUCGAAGGUGAUCUGGUUCCAGCCAAAGUGCUUAUCGUCUUCCGGGAGCUGGUGGAGAAGUCGAUUAUCUCCUGUAACCUCUCCAGUAAAGUGACAGUGCUGGAGAGCUUCAGCUCAGUGGUCCGGGUGGCUGUGGAGACAUCAGAAUCCCAGGUCGAGGUGGAGCUGGUCCCUGCUGUGGAGAUUCCAACUUGUUGGCCCGAGAAAGCCCGGUGGCCUCGUUGCCUUAAGCGUUGGCCUUCCCAGGAAAAAGUGCAGUGCAUCAAGUCGCUUGGUUUCGACCUUUUGGCCCGCUCCAAUUAUCACUGGCAGCUGUGUUUCUCCCGCGCUGAGCAUAUACUCAUGGAAGGACUUGAUGAAGAUGGUGGUUGUCGCAUGAAGUGCUUCAGGGUCAUGAGGCAGAUGAAGGAAGAUGUCUGGUGUGCUGGAAAUAAACCUGUCAUCACAGCUUAUCACCUUCAGACAGUGCUAUUCUGGACGUGUGAAAAAUACCCACGCACCAAGGAUUGGCGCUGCUUCCCCGAAGCCUUUCUGAGGCUGGUACAGAAGCUGCACAAGUGCGUAAGCCAGCACUUCCUCAAGCAUUACUUUGUCAAGAACACCAAUCUGCUCAAAUAUGCCAACACCAGUGACCUGGACCUGAUGGCCAGCAAGCUCGCGGUCUUCUUGGAGGACCCCGUCUUCUGCCUGGACUGAGGCAGGAAAAGGUCUACUCACCCCAAACCUGAGCUGAUCCCCCGCCUCCUCUCCCCGCCUGUGGUUGUUCUUCGUGUCCUUCCAGUAGAUGUUGCAGCUGGCUUUGUAAGACAGUUGGCACAUGCAGCGUGAAAGAGAAGUGUCAAGCUGGCAGCAGUGGGCGGUGAAAACUGAUGGGAGGUAUCGCUUGAUGCCCAGCUGAUCUAAUUUGCUUUCAACGGUGACAGCCUUCCUGGAAGCUACAGCCAGUGAAACCCAACUUUCUGUGUCAGUCAGAGCAGGCAACUGCCUCGUUCUCCGUCUCCAGUCUUGUGGCACCUAAGCAGAAAGAUGGUGCAAAGAAGUCUCGCUCGGCUGCCUACCCGCUGUGUAACCUAGCACAUGUAUUGUUGCCGCUUCCCCCUUUCUCACAAGGACAGCGGGUUUAAUUCCCUGCUUACCUCACAGGCCAGCUCCGCAGGAGAGCAGAGGAACAUUUCUGAAGUGUACUGAAGCUGGAAGCUUUCUCAGAGGCACUUUGAUGCCUCUGUCUCCAAUUAAAUGGGAUCCUGCUCCAGUACGAAGAUAACCGUGUUGCUCGUGUUGAAUAGCUCAAGGGAAGCAAGAGGAGGAACGGUGGUUUUUGCCUCCUCUUCCUUUUAUUCUCCUCCACUUCCAUUUUUCUUCCAGUUGCUUCAAAUAUGUUUUCUUCGUGUUUGCCUUUGCCAGUUGUGUUAGUGCCAUACAACCAGGGGGCUUUGCCAGAGCCGAGUUCGCUCCCACCCCUGGCUCCAUCCAGCAGGCUGGAGGCGGAGCAGGUCUUUCCCUAGUUGUUAGCACCCACAUAUUUUUGGGGUGGUAUACAGAAAGAGAAUAUUUUUCAAAAGCUGUUAGCUCCAAAACCCCCAGUCCUUUUAAUAUUAUGGAUGUUUAAAAAGAAAAUCGGUUUUAGUGUUUUAAAAGAACAGAGUUCUAGAAUGAGUAUAAAGAAUGUUGGUUUUAAUGUUAUUAAAUCACUGAAACUAAACCAAAGUGGCCUUUUUU